AUGGCGGCGUCGCGUCGCUCUCAGCAUCAUCACCACCAUCAUCAACAACAGCUCCAGCCCGCCCCAGGGGCUUCGGCGCCGCCGCCGCCACCUCCCCCACCACUCAGCCCGGGCCUGGCCCCUGGGACCACCCCGGCCUCCCCUACGGUGGGCAGCCUGGCCCCGUUCGCCUCCCCGAGGCACGGCCUAGCUCUGCCGGAGGGGGAUGGCAGUCGGGAUCCGCCCGACAGGCCCAGAUCCCCGGACCCGGUUGACACUGCCAGCUGUUGCAGUCCCACGAGCACAAUCUGUACGGUCGCCACCGCUCCCGUGGUCCCGGCGGUUUCUGCCUCAUCUGCCGUCGGGGUAGCUCCCAACCCAGCCGGCGGCGGCAGUAACAAUUCACCGUCGUCCUCUUCUUCCCCGACUUCUUCCUCCUCUUCCUCUCCAUCCUCCCCUGGAUCGAGCUUGGCGGAGAGUCCCGAGGCGGCCGGAGUUAGCACCACAGCACCAUUGGGGCCUGGGGCUGCGGGCCCGGGGCCAGGGGUUCCAGCAGUGAGCGGGGCCCUGCGGGAACUCUUGGAGGCCUGUCGCAAUGGGGACGUGUCCAGGGUAAAGAGGCUGGUGGACGCGGCAAACGUGAAUGCUAAGGACAUGGCCGGCCGGAAGUCUUCUCCCCUGCACUUCGCUGCAGGUUUUGGAAGAAAGGACGUGGUAGAACACUUACUACAAAUGGGUGCUAAUGUCCAUGCUCGUGAUGAUGGCGGUCUCAUUCCACUUCAUAAUGCGUGUUCUUUUGGCCAUGCUGAGGUUGUGAGUCUGUUACUGUGCCAAGGAGCUGAUCCAAAUGCCAGGGAUAACUGGAAUUAUACCCCUCUGCAUGAAGCUGCUAUAAAAGGAAAGAUUGAUGUAUGUAUUGUGCUGCUGCAGCACGGAGCUGAUCCAAACAUUCGGAACACCGAUGGGAAGUCAGCCUUGGACCUGGCAGAUCCUUCAGCCAAAGCCGUCCUUACAGGUGAAUACAAGAAAGACGAACUCCUAGAAGCUGCUAGGAGUGGUAAUGAAGAAAAACUAAUGGCUUUACUGACUCCUCUAAAUGUGAAUUGCCAUGCAAGUGAUGGGCGAAAGUCAACUCCUUUACAUCUAGCAGCAGGCUACAACCGAGUUCGGAUCGUGCAGCUUCUUCUCCAGCAUGGUGCUGAUGUGCAUGCAAAGGACAAAGGUGGACUUGUGCCUCUUCAUAAUGCAUGUUCAUAUGGACAUUAUGAAGUCACAGAACUGCUACUAAAGCAUGGAGCUUGUGUUAAUGCUAUGGAUCUGUGGCAGUUUACCCCACUUCAUGAGGCUGCUUCCAAGAAUCGCGUAGAGGUCUGCUCUUUGUUACUUAGCCAUGGUGCUGAUCCUACUUUAGUCAACUGCCAUGGCAAAAGUGCGGUGGACAUGGCUCCAACUCCUGAGCUCCGGGAAAGAUUGACUUAUGAAUUUAAAGGUCACUCUUUACUACAAGCAGCCAGAGAAGCAGACCUAGCCAAAGUUAAAAAAACACUUGCUCUGGAAAUCAUUAAUUUCAAACAGCCACAGUCUCAUGAAACUGCACUGCACUGCGCUGUGGCCUCGCUGCAUCCCAAACGCAAACAAGUGACAGAAUUGUUACUUCGAAAAGGAGCAAAUGUUAAUGAGAAAAAUAAAGAUUUCAUGACUCCCCUGCAUGUUGCAGCAGAGAGAGCCCACAAUGACGUCAUGGAAGUUCUCCAUAAACACGGAGCAAAGAUGAAUGCACUGGACACCCUUGGUCAGACCGCUUUGCAUAGAGCUGCCCUUGCUGGUCAUCUGCAGACAUGCCGCCUGCUGCUGAGUUACGGCUCUGAUCCCUCUAUCAUCUCCUUACAAGGCUUUACAGCAGCACAGAUGGGGAACGAGGCCGUGCAGCAGAUUCUGAGUGAAAGCACACCUAUACGCACUUCUGAUGUUGACUAUCGACUCUUAGAAGCAUCUAAAGCCGGAGACUUGGAAACUGUGAAGCAACUUUGCAGCCCUCAGAAUGUGAAUUGCAGAGAUUUAGAGGGCCGGCAUUCCACGCCCUUACACUUCGCGGCAGGCUACAACCGUGUGUCUGUCGUGGAGUACCUCCUCCACCAUGGUGCCGAUGUCCAUGCCAAAGACAAAGGUGGCUUGGUGCCCCUUCAUAAUGCUUGUUCAUACGGACACUACGAAGUAGCUGAGCUCUUGGUAAGACAUGGGGCUUCUGUCAAUGUGGCGGACUUAUGGAAAUUUACCCCUCUACAUGAAGCAGCAGCUAAAGGAAAAUAUGAAAUCUGCAAGCUCCUUUUAAAACAUGGAGCAGAUCCCACUAAAAAGAACAGAGACGGAAAUACACCUUUAGAUUUGGUAAAAGAAGGAGACACAGAUAUUCAGGACUUGCUGAGAGGAGAUGCUGCUUUGUUGGAUGCUGCCAAGAAGGGCUGCCUGGCAAGAGUGCAAAAGCUCUGUACCCCAGAGAAUAUCAACUGCAGAGACACCCAGGGCAGAAACUCAACCCCUCUGCACCUGGCAGCAGGCUACAAUAACCUGGAAGUAGCAGAGUAUCUUCUAGAGCAUGGAGCAGAUGUUAAUGCCCAAGACAAAGGUGGUUUAAUACCUCUUCACAAUGCGGCAUCCUAUGGGCAUGUGGACAUCGCGGCAUUAUUGAUAAAAUACAACACGUGCGUAAAUGCAACAGACAAGUGGGCGUUUACUCCUCUUCACGAAGCAGCCCAAAAAGGCAGGACGCAGCUUUGUGCCCUGCUCCUAGCGCAUGGUGCAGAUCCAACUAUGAAGAACCAGGAAGGCCAGACCCCUUUAGAUCUGGCAACAGCAGAUGACAUCAGAGCUUUGCUGAUAGAUGCCAUGCCCCCAGAGGCCUUACCUACCUGUUUCAAACCUCAGGCUACUGUCGUGAGUGCCUCUCUGAUCUCACCAGCAUCCACCCCCUCCUGCCUGUCUGCCGCUAGCAGCAUAGACAACCUCACCGGCCCCUUAGCAGAACUGGCAGUAGGAGGAGCAUCCAACACCGGGGAUGGCGCGGCGGGCGCAGAAAGGAAGGAAGGAGAAGUUGCGGGUCUUGACAUGAAUAUUAGCCAGUUCCUAAAAAGCCUUGGUCUUGAACACCUUCGGGACAUCUUUGAAACAGAACAGAUUACACUAGAUGUGUUGGCUGAUAUGGGUCAUGAAGAGUUGAAAGAAAUAGGCAUCAAUGCAUAUGGACACCGCCAUAAAUUAAUCAAGGGAGUGGAAAGACUCUUAGGUGGACAACAAGGCACCAAUCCUUAUUUGACUUUUCACUGUGUUAAUCAGGGAACUAUUUUGCUGGAUCUUGCUCCUGAAGAUAAAGAAUAUCAGUCAGUAGAAGAGGAGAUGCAAAGUACAAUUCGAGAACACCGAGAUGGUGGUAAUGCUGGUGGCAUCUUCAACAGAUACAAUGUCAUUCGAAUUCAAAAAGUUGUGAACAAGAAGUUGAGAGAACGGUUCUGUCACAGACAGAAGGAAGUGUCUGAGGAGAAUCACAACCACCACAAUGAACGCAUGUUGUUUCACGGUUCUCCUUUCAUUAAUGCCAUUAUUCAUAAAGGGUUUGAUGAGCGACAUGCAUAUAUAGGAGGAAUGUUUGGUGCUGGGAUUUAUUUUGCUGAAAACUCUUCUAAAAGCAACCAGUAUGUUUAUGGAAUAGGAGGAGGAACAGGCUGUCCCACACACAAAGACCGGUCAUGUUAUAUAUGUCACAGGCAAAUGCUUUUCUGUAGAGUGACCCUUGGCAAGUCCUUUCUGCAGUUCAGCACCAUGAAAAUGGCCCACGCCCCCCCAGGCCAUCACUCUGUCAUUGGGAGGCCAAGUGUGAAUGGGCUGGCCUAUGCCGAAUACGUCAUCUACAGAGGAGAGCAGGCAUACCCAGAGUAUCUGAUCACAUACCAGAUCAUGAAGCCAGAAGCUCCUUCACAGACCGCAACAGCCGCAGAGCAGAAGACCUAG